GCCGCCGCCGGCCGUUGGAGGGCGUGCUCCCGGCGUGCCCCGCACCGGCAUGGCGGCGGCCAUCGCGGGGGUGCCUUCGAGUCUCGCUUCUCUGUGGUAGCCGGUCGGUGCUCGUUUCUCUUCCGCAAGCUCGGAGUUCGUGGCGGGAGCUGGGUCAAGGGAGGGUGCGGCUGCGACGUUGAGCAGAGCCCGCGGAGAUCCGGGCCGGCUGCUGGCGGGAGAAGAUGGCCGAGGGCGAGCGACAGCCGCCCCCAGAGUCUUCAGAGGAGACUCCUCCAGCCACACAGAACUUCAUCAUUCCAAAGAAAGAGAUCCACACGGUUCCGGACAUGGGCAAAUGGAAGCGCUCUCAGGCGUACGCAGACUACAUCGGAUUCAUCCUCACCCUCAAUGAAGGUGUGAAGGGGAGGAAGCUGAGCUUGGAGUACACAGUCUCCGAGGCCAUUGAGAAGUUGGUCGCUCUUCUGAACACCCUGGACAGGUGGAUCGAUGAGAUCCCCCCAGUGGACCAGCCCUCGCGCUUUGGAAACAAGGCCUUCAGGACCUGGUAUGCCAGGCUCCACGAGGAAGCAGAAAACUUGGUGGCCACGGUGGUCCCCACCCACCUGGCAGCUGCUGUGCCCGAAGUGGCUGUUUACCUGAAGGAGUCUGUGGGCAACUCCACACGCAUCGACUACGGCACAGGCCAUGAGGCAGCCUUCGCCGCUUUCCUCUGCUGCCUCUGCAAGAUCGGCGUGCUGCGGGUGGACGACCAGAUAGCCAUCGUCUUCAAGGUGUUCAACCGGUACCUGGAGGUCAUGCGGAAACUCCAGAAGACCUACCGGAUGGAGCCAGCUGGCAGCCAGGGCGUGUGGGGCCUCGAUGACUUCCAGUUCCUACCCUUCAUCUGGGGCAGUUCGCAGCUGAUAGACCACCCAUACCUGGAGCCCAGGCACUUUGUGGACGAGAAGGCCGUGAACGAGAACCACAAGGACUACAUGUUCCUGGAGUGCGUCUUGUUCAUCACGGAGAUGAAGACCGGGCCAUUCGCAGAGCACUCCAACCAGCUGUGGAACAUCAGUGCGGUCCCCUCCUGGUCCAAGGUGAACCAAGGUCUCAUCCGCAUGUAUAAGGCCGAGUGCCUGGAGAAGUUCCCUGUGAUCCAGCACUUCAAGUUCGGGAGCCUGCUGCCCAUCCACCCCGUCACCUCCAGCUAGGAGGCCCGGGUUGCACAGCCACCCAGGCUGGGCUCCUGCGCCCUCGCCACCCCAGCCCGCCCCGCCCCCGUCCUCGUUCUUUCUGUUUGAUGAGAGGCUGUGUACUGGGCUGGGGUGCUGAGCGGCGUUUGAGGAGGGGACAGCGCUUAGGGCUGAAGGACCAAAGUAUGGCCAGUGUCCUGACCUCUGUUGGCCAGGCAGAAAGAGAGGGGCGGAGACCCCACUCCUGUUCCCAGCCUCCCUCUCCUCCCUUCUCUCCUGCAGUCGCACCGGAGACCGGCGGCUGUGGGGAGUGGCAUCUUGCUGUUCCCAUUGCUUUCUCCCCGCUUUGCCGCCCAUGCCUUAGAGAGUUGGAGUUCUGUUCCUUGCAGGGCGGCUGGCUGCAGGGCGAGUUCGGGUGGGUGUCUGGGUGUCCGCUGUGGGCUGGAGACGGAGGCUGGUCCUGGCCAUGGGCUGGGUGGUGAAGAGGCUUGUUCCACCCUCCCAGGCUCCUUCUAGAGGCUGCCCCUGGGCUCGGCUUUUGUGGGCCUGGGCCCUUGGCUUGGCCAAGGGGUCACCAGCUGUGGUAGCUGCCCUUUGGGUAGGUGCUGGGCUCCUGGGAGGGCUCAGUGGGUUGUGUGAAGCUCCCAGAGCUUUCUCGGCAGGGAGGGGCGUCAGAGACUCAGGGAGGGGCUUGGGGCUGAUACCUGCAGGCCUCCAGGCCUGGCGGCUGCAGCCACUGCUUCACUGCUGUGACUUUCCUGGGGUGCUCAGCCUGCUCUGCUCCCCUGGGCAGGUGGGUGCCGGCCUGGCCAGGUGCUCCUUGUCCUCGCGCCUGUAUGACGGGAUGGGGUGAGGGAUGGCUCUGAGUGCCGGGCUGGACCGAGGGGCAGCGUGGGGUGCUGGUGGGCGUCUGCCCGUUUCCUCCUGCCCUGCCCGCUGCCCUUCUCCACCCACUUCCUGGGUGUGGGUCUGUGGAGCCUGUGGGGAGGGCACGCUGAGAAGCACAAGCCGGGGGCUCAAGCCCGGACCAGCUGUGGUCUGGGCGGAGAGUGAGACAGGAUCGAGAGCCCCAGAUGCAGAUGCGGAGAGGCAGGUGCAGCCUCCUCCCCGGCCAGACCAUCGCCUCCUGGCUCCCUGUUCCCGUGGGCCCCACCCUGCGCCUUCGUUGCUGUUCUGAUUAAAGCCUCUGUUUGCACCUGU